AUGAGAUAGUGUUAAUUGCUUGGAAAUAUUUCAGAAAAAACAACAAUUAAUGAAGUUUUUAUAAUUUCAGAACAUUAUAAAAAACCUGAAAAGAAAUCUGAGUUAGUUAAAUAGUAAUAAUACCUCUAAGAUAACUAUCAAUUAGCUGAUACUUAACACAGUUCUAUUAAUAUUUAGAAAUAAAGCUCUGCUUAACUGAGAAAUAGUUAGUAAGAUUAAUAAAUCUCCAAUAAAUUUAAAAGGUAGUAUUCUCAGUAAUCUACAGAUUAAAUUAAAUAUAGUAUAAACUCUUCUUAAAUUGUUUCUGAGCCAUAAACUUCAAGAAAUAACUAUACUAAAAAAGAUCAUAAUUCCCCUAAAAAUAUCUUCUAAAAUAAGCAACAAUACUUUUUUUCAAAUAAACAGAAUUUACCAUAGAUUGGUCAAAAGAAUCAAAAUAGUAUAUUUAAAUUGCACACUUAAGUCAUCAAUAAUAGUAACAGCGAAUCAAAUAUUUUUGUAAAUAAUAGUACCUCAUUUACUUAGACUGAAAGAAGUGUGAACAAAAAAAUCUUAAAAAUUUCUAAUUUAAAUGAAAUAAGCUUAGAAGAUCGCACCCCAAAACCAAAAUAAUAAAUUCCCAAUUAAAAAAAAUUAAUCACUUAUCACUUGCAAUAGAAAAUAAAAAAUUAUGAAAAAUAGUAAUAAAAUGAAUGUGUAGACUUAAGUAAAAAGAUACCCCAAAAAAUUUAAGUAAAACCUUAACAAAUCUAAAUAGAUUCUCCUUAUCACUCUUAAUCUAAUUCUUCUUAAACUUCAAAUCUUCCUAAAUACUUUAACAAAACUUAAUAACGUAUAAAAUAGUACAUGCAAACUCACUCUUUUUGCAAUUUAAAAAAGUUCAACAUUUGA